AUGGUCGCCUUCACCGCUCUGGCUCUUGCUUUCCUCUACGGAACCUCGACGGUGUUUGGGGAAAGGGUGGGCCGUGGUUGUGGAACAAGCAUCAGUGCUGAGGAAAAGUUAGUGAAUGAGAAGCGCUUCGCUGACCACCGCAAGCACGCUCCAGCUGGUCUCCUCAAGGCCGCCCCUCUCAACGUCUACUGGACCCUCAUCUACACGAACGAGACCACAGAGGGAGGUUACCUUCCAGACAAAUUCAUUGAAGAUCAGAUGCAGGUCCUCACUGACGACUUUUCUCCAUCUGGUCUCACCUUUGCCGUCCAAGACGUGAGGCGCGUUCACCAUCCUGAGUGGUUCAGCAGGCUCGGUCCGUAUUCCACCGUAGAUAUGGACAUAGAAAUGAAGACGCUCUAUAGGCGUGGUGGCGCCGCAGACCUCAACAUCUUCACCGUCGGGUUCGAAGUUGGCGCUGCCUCAGGUCUUUUAGGGUACGCUUCGCUGCCCGCCUACUAUGAGGCCUUCCCCGUCCAAGAUGCAGUUGUGCUCGCACACAUGACGCUCCCAGGCGGGAGCUUCGACCGAUUCAACCUCGGGCGUACUCUGACUCACGAGGUCGGGCACUGGGUCGGACUGUACCAUACCUUCGAAGGCGGGUGCGGGGAGCCAGGCGAUGAAGUCGAGGACACCGCAUCCGAGAGGUAUGGGGUAUUGGGGUGCCCGGUUGGAAAGGAUACGUGCCCUGGCGGAGGUGCUGAUCCUAUCCGGGUGAUAGAUAACUUCAUGGACUACUCGGACGACGCGUGCAUGACGCAUUUCACCCCCGGCCAGAUCGCACGCUUCAAAGACCAGAUUGCGACCUAUCGACAGAUCACCAGUGCCAUUGACGCUGACGAAUGA